UUUAUAUACAACUUUCAGCUUUUUUUUUAAAGUUCCCUACAAAAUACAAAUCAAAAACUGUACAACUUCUUCUUUAAACAAUUAAAUACCUUAUUAAACUAUUUAAUAAACCAACAUAAUCUCAAAAAAUAAUAAGCAUGCCUCCCAAACUCCAACCCAAAUGCAUUCAAUGUGAAAAAACCGAAACUCCAAUGUGGCGCAACACAGAUAAUGGCCAAUUGUGUCAGGAUUGUCAUGAUCAAAAUUCUAACCAAAUUAAAACCGAACCCGCCGAAUCCGAAAACAAUGGUGAAAGUUCAAAUAAUGGCAAUAACAAUAGCACCAAUAACACCAACAAUACAACAAAUCAGCCAGAUGAAAAGAAACUUCGCAAAAGUACUCGUGCGACACGAUUCAAAACUCGAGCCGGUCAAGCUGGACAAGCAGCUAAGAAUCUUCCCAAAGGACGCAAUCGUAGGAAUAUUUUCAAAAAGACUCCAUUCAAGACACCGAUUGUUCAAGCUUCCACGCACACUGUUGAAUGUUUGUUUUAUAAGGGUUCCUAUAUCCAAGUAGGUGAUAUUGUAUCUCUCAUGGAUGCCGAUCAUAACACAUAUUAUGCACAAAUUCGUGGCCUCCUCGUGGACACUUAUUGUGAGAAAUCUGCUUUUCUAACGUGGCUCAUUCCGACACAAGUUAGCCCGAAUCCGAAUGAAUGCUUUGAUCCUAGCACGUAUUUGAUUGGUCCUGACGAAGAACAAUCACGAAAACUGUCUUGUCUUGAAUUUGUGAUGCAUGCUCCUAGUAACUACUACCACGACAAGACAACACCAUUUCCCCCGCCCGAUUCAAUGGAUUACGACACCAAACCUGGUGGAUAUCUCUGGACAAACCUGCACCCGGUCGAUCGGCCAAACAAAAAUAAGAAAGAAUGCGACACAUAACUUUCGACGUGGAUCUUUUAUUAGUUUCUAGCUAAAAUUAAAAAAUAAAACACUUAA